AUGGACCAAUGGCAGUUAGGAAAUCCAUCAACAGGAACUAACAAUGUUAAUUUUAACGGAACUGUUGCUGAAUUCACUUAUCCAUGUAGUUCUACCUAUGAUUGCACCUACUACUAUACAAAACUCCCAGCAGGCAUAUACAAAGUCGAAGUUUGGGGUGCCCAAGGUGGCGGAAGCUUCUCUAAUUCAGCCACUAUUAUCCCAGCGAAAGGAAUGGGAGGAUACUCUGUCGGGGUCAUGAAACUGGACUCCGAAUCCACAGUUUAUGUUUACGUUGGUGGAAGAGGCCAAGAUCCAAAUUCUCCAUCAACUUACACAGCAAGAGGUGGGUUUAACGGCGGAGGAGAUUCGCCGCAAGAUACAGUUGAUGUUAGCUCUAAUUAUGAUGAUGCUGGUGGUGGAGGCGAAAGUGCCUCUGAUAUAAGAGUUGGAAAUACUAAUUUUGAAAGCAGAAUCAUUGUUGCAGGAGGUGCUGGAGGUAAUGGAAGACUUGUGAAUUCUUAUUCGGAUACUGGAUUCAGUGGCGGCUUAGAAGCAGGUCGACCAAGAGAUGGCAGUGGUAAUUAUGGAACUGCAGCGAGUCAAACCACUGGAAAUGCACUUGGACAAGGACAAACAGGAAUUAGAUGUGUUAAUGCAUAUUCAGGAGGAGGUGGCGGUGGUUAUUUUGGUGGAUUCACUAAAGGCUCCACUCGCUCCGAUCCUGUUAUUGCAGGGGGAGGUUCUGGAUAUAUAGGGGGUGUUAUAUCGUACAGAGAUAUAAUUGCUCAAACUAUCGGCGGAAACGAAACCAUCACUAAAAUGGAUGGAACCCAAAGAACAGGAAAUAAUGGAAAUGGCGCUGCCAGAAUCACUAUCCUCGGAUAUUUCCUCAAUCCACACACUAAUCUCUCUGAAUAUUAUUAUCCAGAAACAUCAUUUUCGAUGGAAUUCAGUGUCAAUUCCCUAGGAACAGGAGAAAAAGGCACAUUAAACAGAACGUUUUCCUCCAAUGAAUCCGCAGAAAUCCAUUCAUUUGAUGACAAAGGAAGAGAACACAGAUUUACAGAUAAUUUCCUCCUCCCCAAAAAAUCCGGUUAUUACACAAUUAGUUACACAAUCACCUCUAAAUCCGGCACCAAAUCAGAAACAUCCUUCACUAUAUUAGUCAACAAAGAACCAAAACUGACCCUGAAAUCAGAACCAAAAGAUAAAUAUAUUAGAGGAGAAAAGAUAACUUUGUAUUUUGACAUUUUUGAUGACACUUUUGCAACGAUAUAUAUAGGAGACAAUUAUUUUAAUUAUACAAACAAAACUGUUAUAUGUAAUAACAAAAUCAAUUCUACAUUUAUUAAUGUAGAAAUUCCUUUUGGUUAUACUCCUGGACAUUCUAAUAGAUUGUCAAUUUACGCGAUAGAUGAAUAUAACAUCAGUUCUAAUAUUUAUAGUUUUCCUUUUACCAUUGUUACAAAUAGAUCUCCUGAUAUUAAUGUUUCCAAUAAUUUGUCUUAUAUUUUACAAGAAAGAGAUGAUUUCUCUAUAAUUGGACAUUAUAGAGACUUAGAUUUUAAUGGAAAUGUUGCGAUUUACACGUCUAUUGAUAACACUAAUGUAUAUCAUCAUCAAACAUAUCCCGUAGUGAAUGACCAAUGGAAUGAAUUUCAUAUAACAAGAACUAUAUUCCAACAAACUAAUAAUGGAAUACAUUAUUUGAAAAUAUAUGCUGUUGAUGAUAAAAAUUGUGAAUCAAAUAAAUUUGUUCAUGCUUUUGCAUAUUCUUCGGAAUUAAAUUGUAAACAUGUGUCAAACGUGCUUCCAUGCAUGAACAUGCGAUAUGCUAUGUUCCUUAUUAUAGUCAUGACUACCAGAAGUACUUUUAAAAUAAAAUAA